GAGGGCCAGAGAAAAGCUCUGUUCGAGGAAUAUGAAGCUGAGAGGAAAUCGAAUGCAGAACAAAUUCUGAAACUCAAGAAGGAGAUCUCCCAACUGAUAGUCGUUGUACACGAAAAUACAAAUCCAACUGCCAAAUUUAGAAUAAAGAAUAGAAAAUUGGAGAGCAUCAUUGGGCCUUUGAAUGAAAAAUCUUGCAACGAGGUGCAGGAACUAUUGGAUCUACAAAUUAUAAAUAAAAAAAAGAAACUUGAUUUACUUGAAUACAAAAUAAAGCAAAGAAAAAAAUAUCUAGAAGAUUUAGGAGCGCAAUAUCAGAAAAUGUUGAGUAAGCAUGAUAAAAAGGAACUCGACAAAAAAGUGGAACAACCAGUUAAAAAGACUGUUUGCGAGCUUCAAAACAAAAUUCAUUCUGUCGAUGUACAAAUUCGAGAGGCCAUGCAUAUCAAGAACAGAUACACGAACAUCAAACAAUCCCUGAAAGAAGACGCGAAUAAGUUCGAGAGUAAUAUCAGAAUGCUCGAAGAGGAAUUACAUAAACAAAAAGCCGAUAUACAAAAAUUGCAGAAGAUUAUGAACGAAGCAACGCGCAUGCGUAGCAUAGCCAGGGCAAAUCUUUUGAGGGAGGAAAAAGAAGUAAACAAAAUUAUGGCAGAGAGAGAAAGGGAAGCAGCAGAAGGAAGGAAAUUAGUGAACGAAAGAAAAAUCGAGCUAGAAAGAUUGGAGAGAAAACUAUUUCAAGGAGGAAGAAUUCCUGCACGAUUGGAGCCGCAAGGGGCGGAAGACACGGCUGCCGAUGAGAAAUCACUCACCCCUCCGCAUCCAGUGGAAAGCAUGGCGCAAAAAUUUGAAAUUUUGAAAAAAGCAACAGGUGGCACGAGUGCAGACGAUAUAUUGGAUAAAUUCAAAUCCCAGAGAGAAACGCAGGAAAAGUUGGCAUUUUUAAGAACUAAAGCUGAAAGUGAAAAGAUUAAGUUAGAAGCAAAAUUAGAGAGCCUAAAAAUCAAAUUGGACUCUUUCAAAUAUGCCGAGGUUCAAGAUGCUGGAAGAAAAACUGGUGACGUGGAAAAUUUCCGAAAAGAUAUAGAAUCCAAAAUAAAUACAGAAGAUACAGAGAAAAAACAGGAGGAUAUGAAAUAUGUUGAAGAAAAACUGCUGACUUUGAAUUUAUGUGUCAACCCUCUCGCAAUGCCUGAUGGAGAUGGAGUGACUACACUGCGGAGGAUAAACGAAGAUAUGAAAGAAAUAAUUGGGAAACAUUAUGUUGGACAAACUAUCGAACAGGUUCAAAAUAUCGAUAUGAAUGAGGACAAAUGGUUGCCAGCAUUAUAUACAGGGUUGAUAAGAAGAACGCCCUUGCCUCAAUCUGAAUCGUCUCCUAUUCCACCUGCUCCCCCAGGUUCAGAUGAUGAAGAAGAUGUACCUUCUAGGGGUUAUCUCAAGAGGCAAGCACAGUUAGUGGUUGAUGCCAAGUCCAGGAAAAAAAAUAUCAGAAUUCAAUUACCCAGAAGAACUUGA